UCGCGCCGCGGAAAAUCCCCACGAGUCGACCGCCGCCACCGUGCCGGCAGCAGCAGCAGCAGCAGCAGCAGUGCCAUUCGAUCCGUGACCGUCACACGUGCGCCGCACCCGCCGUCAUGUUCGGAAUCAGUGCCCUAGGCCGGGGCCCGCAUCGCGACCGUAUGCACCGCCGCCACGGACUACGCGUCUCCGACCGCCGUCGUUAGCUGCGAAGGCAAUCAGAGGGCGCAUGGGACCUGCUGCACCGUUGCCGGCACUCCGCAGCGGUUACAUUCAUUCGUCGAACAUCUGCACCGGCUAGUGUGCAGCGUAUAAUUUUAGCAUAUCACCGAGUCAUCGUCGUCAUCGUCGUCACUAUCAGCACCUGCGACAGCAACAGUUAUGACGACUUGCGCGGCGGCUAUGAUAAGCGGGCUGAUGGUCACGCUAUUUAUCAGCUGGACCGUCGUCAGGCCGACGCUGUCCUGCCGCAUAUCCGAAUUCAUGUGCAAGUCGACAGGCGGGUGCAUUCAGCUGGAUGAAUACUGCGACGGCAAGUACGACUGUCCCGACAGGUCGGACGAACCGCCGUCCUGUACUGCGUGCAAUAGGACUUAUUAUGGUGAAGUAGGAAAAUCUUACAGACUGACUGUAAAGAAAAUACAAAAGGAAAGACCAUUCCUGUGUCACUUGAGUUUCACUGCGAGCGGACAAGAACACGGAGACUUUGUAGAACUGAUUUUCGAGGAGUUCCGGUUGGGCACGCUGUACCUGGGCGAGUGCAUAAGCGGCGAGAUGCAAAUACUCGAACUCGGCCGGCCCUACGUGGGCGGGUCGUGGUGCGGCCACGGGCCCACGGACGGCGCCGCGCCGGCCGUUUACUACAGCGAAGCGGGCACGGUGACGCUCACGCUGCGGAUACCCGUGAGCGGGCUGUACACGACGCUGCCGUUCGCGUUCGGGCUGCGGUUCAAGUUCCUGGACAACAAACAGGCGUCGGUCAGGCUGGGCACGGCGUCAGAGCCCAAGGAGCGCGGUGAGCUGGUGCCCGGCACGCACUGCAGUCGCAAUUUCUACGAGUGCUACCGGAAGAGGUGCUCGCUGCAGUCGCCCAACUACCCGGGCAUGUAUCCGCGCAACGUGACGUGCAGGUACACGAUCCGGCAGAAGAUAGUGCCCAAGUGCAAGCACGCAAUGGUGUCGGUGACCCAGGGCCGGGCGAGCUCCGUGCAAGCGGCUCACAGGUCCGGCGGCGGCAAGGCGCAGCAAGCGGCGUCCAUGGGCGCCGUCAACGGGACGGCCAUCGUGCGCGUGAACGACAUGUGCAGCGAAAACGAGGACAGGCUGGUGUUCCACGACGGGCCGUCCGAGGACGACCCCGUGCUGUUGCGGUACUGCGGCGGCCCGGCGCUGCCCCGGGUGGUGGCCAGCGGGCCCACCAUGCUGGUCGUGUUCAAGUCGUGGGUGCACAACUCGCCGGCCACGUUCUCGUGGCCGCCGCCCGUGUCCCGGUUGCGGAGCUUCGAGCUGGACGUGCGCAUAGCGUUCGUCGACUCGGACUCGCUGGACUACGCCAAAGGGUCGACGUGCGACUUCACCGUCAACGCGUCGGCCACGCCCAAGUCGCGGCGCGGCGUGCUGGUCAGCCCCCGGCACGCGGUGCCGCCGAACAGCACGUGCACGUACCGGUUCCAGGGGCUACCCGACGACCGGGUGUGGAUGUACUUCGAGAGCUACGGCCACCGGAGCACCGGUCACUUCCUCACGUUCAAGCCGUGCCCGACCCGGCUGCGGAUAUGGGACGGCGCCGGCACGCUGUUGGGCGACCACUGCGACACGCCCAGGCUGUGCGAACACAUCGCCGCGGCGUCCACUUCCGCGUCGCCGAACGCCACGCGUCCCAAGCGGCCGUGCACGCUGGACGAGAGCUACCUGUCCAAGUCGCCCAGCGUCAUAUUGCAGGUGCACUCCGUGCUGGGCACUGUGCUGGAACCGUUCGGGUUUCGGCUGCACUACGAGUUCGUGGACAGCGGCGUGUACGACCGCGAGACCGACGGUGACGCGUGCGUCGUCGACCACAGGGUCCGCGAGUCGAUGGACCUGACGGAACCGCGGAACGUGUUCCUGUACGGCCGGGGAGGCGCCAAGGGCCUGGACUGCGUGUACCGGUUACAGGCGGAACCAGGUUACCGGUUGCAGAUCGUAAUGCGCAACGCGUCGUUCGGGUCGCGCGAACGGGCACCGCUGGCGGCCAUGGCCAGGACGGUGACCGGAAAGUACGCGUGCCCGUUCGGCGACGGCGGCCCCAGACUGGUGGUGCGCGAGGUGUUCUGGCGGACGGUGCGCGUCGAGCGCGGCUGCUUCUGUCAGAACUUCACGGAAGCCGCGCUCGGCACGCAACAGGUGACGUUCGACACAUCGUCGGACCGCGUGGAGAUCCACUUCCGCGUGCCCGGGCUGGGCGUCACCGACGACUUCGCCAACACGUACUUCAACGCGCACGUCCGCGUGCUCCGGUGGCCGGCGUGCCCGCGCAAGCAGUGGGUCCGCGGUUCCGGUGGCGAGAUCGAGCUCGCGUAUCCGCCGGAAUCGCGGGACGACCUGCACUGCCGCGACGUGCCGUGGCUGCUCGAGGCCCGGCCCGGCCACAGCAUGUUCGUGCAGACGUGGGGCCGCUUUCUGCCGGUCAACUCGUCCGCGGCCCCGUGCCGGACCCGGAACCGGUUACUGCUGUACGCGAUCCGGCCGGACGUCCGGUUGGUCGGCAACGUGUGCCCGGCGGAGUCGCGCGACGGCCGCCGGGACACGCUGUACAUGUUCUCGGACGAAUGGACCGACUUCGUGCCCGACGAACAGCAGAACCCCAGCUUCAUGGUGGAGUUCGUGGCCCAGGAGGCCGGGUCCAUGGCGUUCAAGUGGCUAGAGGUGUCCAAGCCGUCCGCCAAGCACGCGCAAGCGACGCCGCCGGCCAAGCGCAACCAGUCGGAUGCGGGACCGCACGCGCACCGCGGGUUGGGUUGCGAGUACGGCUGUCCCGAGCUGGAGGCGUGCAUCAGUCCCACGCUGUGGUGCGACGGUCACCGCAACUGUCCGUCCGGCGUGGACGAGGCCGACCUCGAGUGCCAGACCAAGUGGCCGUCGUUCAAGGUGCUCAAAUCGUACGGGCUGCCGGUGGUCGGGCUGGGCCUGGCCGGCGUCGUGUUCGCCGUGCUCGUGUGCGUCUACUGCCGGAGGGAACCCGAGUACAAACACUACGAAGAACCCGAACCGGCUACGGAGAACACCAACAGAUCGUGUUCGACGAUCGCCUCCUGACAACAGUCCUCGGUCGACACCGUUGACGUAAUCGACCGAGAAACGUGCGUUUGAAAAAAAAAUAAAAAAAAAUUCGUUCUUGCUCAAGCUCUACGCCCCGCGGGGGGGUGUUGUUUGAUUUCUAUGUAUAAUUACACUCAUUCUUAUUAUUUAA